AUGGCUUCAGAGACCUCUUCCGGUACCUUCACCACCUUUGGCCUCAAGCUCAAGGACAUGGAAGUUCUCAGUAGCGUGUUUCUCAGCUCUCCUCCCGAGGCUCAGGCCGCCAUGCUCUUCAACGUCAACUUUGACCAGAUCGCCUGUCAGAAUGGUUACAAGAACGCCCACGCAGCCAAGGUUGCCGUGGGAAUCAUCCUCAAGAAGACCAAAAAACACAAAGGAACCUCCACCACCCCGGACAACGGCGCCGCCAUAACCCCAGCCGCCCCCAGGAAGCGCAAGACGCCCGUCAAGAUGGCCAACGCCAGCUACGACGACGAUGAUGACAUGGACACCCCGGCCAAGAAGCCCCGCGCCCGCCCCAAGAAGGCCGCUUCUGCCGAGCCGGCGUCUUCCAAGGACGUCGAGAUGAUCGAUCCAGGCGAGAUCCAGACCGAGUAG